UCUUCACACCUCUUUUCAAAUUCCCAACUUUCUCUCCUCUCAAACAGAGCAAAAACAAGAGAAAAGAAGGGAACUUUCAAGAUGUCUCUUACCAUUCCCUCAAAUCUUUCUAAACCCAUUUUGAAGCCUAAGCUAAACUCUCAAUUCACCCCAAAAAUUUCGAGAUCGGUGGUGGUUUGCUCCGCCAAUCCCUCGUCGGAAAAUGGGUCAUCCCCGUCAGCUUCAUCGCUGCAGGCAUUCUCAGCUGCUCUGGCGCUCUCUUCCAUUCUGUUGUCGGCUCCGCUCCCUGCCGCUGCUGACAUUUCCGGGCUGACUCCAUGUAAAGAAUCCAAGCAAUUCGCCAAGCGCGAGAAGCAGCAGAUCAAGAAGCUUGAGUCGUCACUGAAGCUCUAUGCCCCCGACAGCGCGCCUGCACUGGCGAUCAAAGCCACCAUCGAGAAGACCAAGAAGAGGUUCGAUAACUACGGGAAACAGGGGUUGCUCUGUGGCUCUGAUGGGUUGCCCCAUUUGAUUGUUAAUGGAGACCAAAGACACUGGGGUGAGUUCAUCACGCCAGGGCUGUUGUUCUUAUACAUCGCCGGAUGGAUUGGGUGGGUCGGAAGGAGCUACCUGAUCUCAAUCAGGGGAGAGAAGAAGCCAGCAAUGAAGGAGAUCAUCAUUGAUGUACCUUUGGCCACCAGCCUGCUCUUCAGAGGCUUCACAUGGCCUGUGGCUGCAUACAGAGAGCUCGUAAAGGGAGACCUCGUUGUCAAGGACGUUUAAUUUCCUCAGGCGCAGAGAUUGGAUGGAGCUGCCGUUGAGAAGGAAUGUGUUGGUGGUUUGAGGGGGAAAGAGGGAAUGAGGAACUUCUUGUACUUAAAUUUGUGAACUUUUAAUUUUAGUGUGUGUAAUGUUGGUGUUGGACACUGAAACUGAUCAAUGUUUCUAUAUAUUUUGAUUCUUGUUACCCAAAUUGCAUUGAAAGUUUUGCAUUUUGUGGUAAUUAAAUUCAUACAAGGUUG